AUGGGGAAGUGUGACACUAGACGCUGUGUAGGAGUUUCAGAUGAUUUGAAUGGCAUCAAUUUAACUGCAAACACAUCGAACACUGCACCUACUGUACCUAGUGGUUUAGGAAGUCAAGGGAAGAGAAAGAGAGGUGAAGGGUUGGAUAAGUACAAGAAAAAUAUGCCAGUGACAAAAAGAAUAGUAGAUGCAGUCAGUUUGAUUGCUACUGCUUUAAAGGAUACAACAGAGGCAGUAAUCAAAAUGUCCAAUAGUGAUAUAACUACUGAGCUUACCACUGAUCUGCUGAGUACCGAGGAAAUUGCCAGUGACACUCAUCUUUGUAUCCUUUGUUGUAAUCUUCUGGCAAAUAAGGCUUUCAAGGACAUAUAUGCCAGCUUGAGAGGAAAUCAGGAGGUAUUAAUAGCUUCGUUGAAAUACAAUGCUAAAAACCUGCUACCAUAUGUGAAACCUAAGAAUCCUUGA